UUCCACAUUAUUUGAUGACGUCACGUGCAGUGUUUCGGCACAGAUGUUCAUUUUUUCCCCAGCGUCCCUGAAGAGGCCAACAAAUCCCAGCAUCACGUGGACCUUCUUCUUCCUCACCUACUUACUUCCAGUGUGGCGACGAUGCAAAGUGAGGCAAGAACGAUGACGUCUCUUCGGUAAUUUCCGCUAUUUCGCAGGCCAGGCGGUGAACUUGUUGCUGCCAUGCGUCACUAGCUCACUGGCUAGCUCACUGGCUAGCGCGCCGUCCGUCGACCUGCUCUUCAGUAACUUGGCCGGCAAGAAGUCGUACAAUGUGCAGAAAGUCGCGUCGCUUCACUCCGGAGGGAGAACUCUUCUCCCGGACAACUUGCUGGAAAGUGUCCGCCCUGGCUGCGCUGCUGCUGGGCGUGUUGGCCUCGACGUGCUGGGCGGAGGAAGCCUCUUGUCAUGGAGCCUACGAUCUUUACUUCGUCCUCGACAAGUCAGGAAGUGUCGCCACCGACUGGUUUGAGAUCUACUCCUUUGUCAGGAACCUCACGGACAGAUUUGUCAGUCCCAGCAUGAGAGUGUCCUUCAUCGUCUUCUCCGCCCAAGCUCGCGUGAUCCUCCCGCUGACAGGAGACAGGUACCAGAUCGAGGAAGGCCUGGAGAAGCUGCGAGGCGUCAAGCCGGCCGGCGAGACGUACAUGCACGAGGGCAUCAGAGAGGCCACAGACCAGAUCCAGAUGCAGACCACCAAGUCGUCCAGCAUCAUCCUGGCGCUGACGGACGGCAAGCUGGAAGUGUUUGUUCACGAGCUCACCGUCAAGGAGGCCGACCAGGCCAGGAUGUACGGCGCUCGCGUCUACUGCGUGGGCAUCAAGGACUUUGACGAGCAGCAGCUCGCCGACAUCGCCGACACCAAGGACCAGGUGUUCCCCGUCAAAGAUGGCUUCCACGCGCUCAAAGGCAUCGUCAACUCGAUACUGAAGAGAUCCUGCACAGAGAUCCUGAGUGUGGAGCCCUCCAGCGUCUGUGUCAACCAGUCCUUCGACAUCGUCCUGCGAGGGAAUGGCUUCUCUCUGGGCCGCAGCAGUCACAAUGUGGUGUGCAGCUUCACUGUGGACCAGCAGACCUUCAAUCACAAGCCCAGCACGGUGCGUAAUGACUACCUGCUGUGUCCUGCACCCAGACUCUACCAAGUGGGACAGACCAUGGGCGUCCUCAUCAGUCUGAACAAUGGCAAGUCGUUCAUCUCCAGCUCGUACACCAUCACCGCCUCCACAUGUUCCGACGGCCUGGCGGUGGCCCUGGUCUUCCUGGUGCUGCUGGUCCUGGUGGCCCUGGCCCUCAUGUGGUGGUUCUGGCCCCUGUGCUGCACUCUGGUCAUCAAAGACCCGCCCCCACCGCCCCCCCCUUCACGCCCCCCACCCCCCGAGCCCGAGCCGCUGUCCAAGAAGAAAUGGCCGACUGUGGAUGCUUCUUACUACGGAGGAAGAGGAGCUGGAGGCAUCAAGCGCAUGGAGGUGCGCUGGGGAGAGAAAGGCUCCACAGAGGAAGGGGCCCGCCUGGAGAAAGCCAAGAACGCGGUCAUCUCCAUCCCGGAGGACGUGGAGGAGCCCAUGGUGAAGAGGCCAACCUCCAAGCCCGCCAACAACUACCACCCACGUGAGGACAAGUGGUACACGCCCAUCAAGGGGCGUCUUGAUGCUGUGUGGGCGCUGCUGCGACGCCAAUACGACCGAGUGUCCCUCAUGCGGCCCACCUCUGCUGACCAGGGUCGCUGCAUAAACUUCAGCCGUGGCUGACAGACGAGGAGGACGCCGCCACGCCCGCGCUCGCCGCCGCCGCCGCCGACCAGAGAAGACUUUCACACUUUUUGACAUUUCCUCUUUGCUCCGCCUCCUGGCUGACUUUUGCCUUUCAUUUUAACCACACAACACGCCGUCCCUGAACGCAUCGCACAUAUUGAAGAAGAAGAAGGGAGAAAGAGUCCGGCCUCUCGGCGACGUCUCGUCAGCGAGCGACCGCUAGGUUGGCGGCCCCGCCGGCGCCCCCUUCUUGACGUCCCGACGUGGUCACGCGUGCACGCGCAUGACGGGCAGGACGCCCCAAGGUCGCGGCCAGGAGACACCUUCCCGUCGUCAGGAAAUUAAUAGAGCGUUAUUCGGCCGCGGGUCAAGCGCUCGCCGCAGUCUGCUGUGCGCUCAGCAAUGCAUGAUGGGACUUUUCCUGCGACUUUAAUUAAAGGAAUUAAGCGCCGGCCUGUGAAGACACGCCCCCUCGCUCACGUCCACAACGCAAACCCAAAGCAACGGAUGCGACGGACGGAGAAGUAUUGUUCAUUCCCGCAGGUCAAGCCCCGCCCCCUCGGCCUUCUUCCCGUCCCGCCUCGUGGCGUUGGGGGGGGGCAGAAGGAAAAGACUAGAAUGAUCAAGUCACUUCAGAUGUGGGAGUGGACACGGCCAGUGGAGAUUGGAGUGGAAACCUGCCAACCUUUGACAAGAAGCACUAUGGACAAUGACCGGUGGCGGGGUCAGCCUGGUCACGUGACACCUCGCUAAUUAAUAUUCCUUUGUUCCCGCCCGGACGGACACGCCCCCUCGCUCUACCUUACUGUACUUUAUUAUCAUUAUUAUUAGUAUCCAACCUGGUCACGUGACUCCUCGCUAAUUACUAUUCCUUUGUUCACGCCCGGCCGGCCGGCCACGCCCCCUCGCUCUACCUUACUGUACUUUACUGUACUUGAUCACAUACUAUAAACAAUACACACUCUU